AUGGAUGAUGCUACGCGUCGUAGCAUCUUUGGUUCGUCUGAUGAAUCAGAUGAACCAUCGCCAAAGCGUAGGUGCUCGAGAUCGCAAGACUCGGGCGCUCACAGUGGUGUCGGUUCUCCUAUGGACACCACUUCGCAACGAGGUGCCAGUACUUCUGUCGGCACAUCGCAGGAAGAGCGGGACCGCAGUGUGUUGCGUCUCGCUCCCGAGAAGAAGGCAUGGAUGCCUCCAAAAUCCGUCAUGGAUCACUUGUCGGCGACGACGAGUGAUCGUUAUCGAACACGAUUGUUCGAUUCGUCAAGGAUCCAUCACCUUGACCCCAGUGCGAAAAACUAUCGCGCUGAGAAUGAGUUCUUCAUCGAUGCUUUCUUUAAACAUCGAUGGUACAGUGGGAAUCACAAACGUGAUGGUCCCUCACUGCUUCAAGCGUGGAACGCUUACAUCCAUAACCUUGAGGAUGUAGGUCGUGACGUUUGGAACGACAAACUUAUCAAAGCUCGUGAUAAGUUUGAGAAAAGAACCCCGACAGGUGCACGCUACAAGCUGCAUCGUCUGUCAAAGGAGGGUGGGUUACCCUGCCUCUCUUGGGGAGACCCGUGCCCAUGUUGUGUGAACAACUCUGCGCGCGCACCUAAGGAGGCUUACCUCCUUACUAGCCCGUGGUGGCGCGUACGUAUCUCUAGUGAGAUGUACGAAGGGAUUGACAACCUGAAAUCCCUUUACGACCGUGCCGGGAAGACUUUCUCCGGCGGUCCUUCUGCGGCACAGGAUGUGCCGCGUCGUACUGCUCGACCAGACCCAGUACGUCAAUUAUCAGUUGGGAGCGGGGCUCCCAAGUAUCCCAGGAUGGGGGAUAGCCGCACCACCGGACUAGAUAACUGGUCCGACGUCCGUUCACAUCGCUAUGGUUCAACAGCCGCUCAAUCUGAUAGCGCUGGCCACCGCGAGAGUCCUUUGAAGGAGGUGGAGGAGGAGGAAGACGCUCUCUAA